AUGGUGAGUGGCGAGGCCGGAAGCAGCAGCCUGCCGCUCCUGACGGCGCCGCACGACGCGCUCCGCCAGGGCCUCGUCACGCUCAAGGAUGGCGCCGCCGCCAGCCACCCGGUGGAGCAGAUACAGAAGCUGAGCGGGCCGGCGGGGGAGAAAGCACGGCUGGAGAUGCUGUCCAAUGUGUACGGCACCGCGCUGCCAGCGCGCAUGCAGAUAGAGCGGCAGAUCCUGGACAGGCAAGGGGGCGGGAGCUGGGGGCUGAUGGAGCGCCUCCCAGGGCUGCCCUCCUCCAAGCUGGGGCUGGAGUCGAUGACGGGCGCGCUGGAGGACUUUGGGUUUGAGAGCUACCUCAACCUGCCGGCAGACAGCGAAGUCGCACCGCCCGAUCUGCACUCGCAGAUGGAGCAGCGGCUGGGAAUGGCGGCCAGCACCAAGCCCAUGGCGCGCGGGCUGCCAAUGUAG